AUGAGCGGCACCGACCCGGAACGAGACCAGGCGCUCGAAGACUAUAAAAAGACCUUGCUUGAGCUGCGAGAAUGGGAGUCCAAGCUGCGGUCGCUGCGGCUGGGCAUCAAGGACUUGCAGCGAGAAUUUGAUGUUUCAGAAGAGAACAUCAAGGCGCUACAAAGUGUUGGCCAGAUAAUCGGUGAAGUGUUGAAGCAGCUGGACGAAGAGCGAUUCAUUGUCAAAGCAUCCUCAGGGCCAAGAUAUGUCGUCGGCUGUCGGUCAAAGGUCGACAAGGCCAAGAUGAAGCAAGGAACCCGUGUCGCCCUCGAUAUGACCACACUCACCAUCAUGCGGAUGUUACCCCGCGAGGUCGACCCACUGGUCUACAACAUGUCUUUGGAGGAUCCCGGUUCGGUCAACUUUGCUGGUAUUGGUGGUCUGAAUGACCAAAUCCGAGAGCUUCGGGAGGUCAUCGAACUGCCAUUGAAGAACCCGGAACUGUUCCAGCGAGUGGGUAUCAAGCCGCCUAAGGGUGUUCUGCUCUAUGGGCCGCCAGGAACGGGUAAAACAUUGCUCGCACGAGCGGUGGCCAGCUCUUUAGAAACAAACUUCUUGAAAGUUGUCUCAUCUGCUAUCGUCGAUAAAUACAUUGGUGAGAGUGCCCGACUGAUCCGUGAGAUGUUCGGCUACGCCAAGGAGCACGAGCCCUGUAUUAUCUUCAUGGACGAGAUCGACGCCAUCGGCGGUCGACGUUUCUCGGAGGGUACCUCGGCGGAUCGAGAAAUUCAGCGAACCCUCAUGGAACUGCUGAACCAGCUCGAUGGAUUCGAUUACUUAGGGAAGACCAAGAUCAUCAUGGCUACCAACCGACCGGAUACCCUCGACCCGGCCUUGUUGCGUGCCGGUCGUCUGGAUCGUAAGAUCGAGAUUCCCCUGCCUAAUGAGGUCGGCCGUCUUGAGAUUCUGAAGAUUCACUCAAGCACGGUGCGCCUGGAGGGGGAUAUUGAUUACGAGAGUGUGGUGAAAAUGAGUGACGGUCUUAACGGAGCCGAUCUUCGUAACGUCGUGACGGAAGCGGGUCUGUUUGCCAUCAAGGAUUAUCGAGACGCUAUCAACCAAGACGACUUCAACAAGGCAGUCCGCAAGGUUGCGGAGGCCAAGAAGCUGGAGGGCAAGUUGGAGUACCAGAAGCUGUAA